GGGCGGCCGCGGGGGGGAGGGAGGUGCGCCGUCCCCACGCGCCCCUACCCCGCUCCGCGCAUCCCGGGCCGGGGUCGGCCCGGGGGUCCGCUCCCCCCGCGCACUGCGGGCCGGGGUCCCCGGGGUCCCGCGCGCCCCGCAGCCCCGCGGCCGGGGCGAAGGAGGGGGCGCUCGAGAGCCCGGCCGCGCGCAGGGUCAGGUCGUCCCGAAUGAGCGAGGCCCGGCCCGGGUGGCGCAAUGGAGGGCAAGAGCCUGGAGGGCGCGCAGACCGACCUCAAGCUGGUGGCGCAUCCGCGCGCCAAGAGCAAAGUGUGGCGCUACUUCGGCUUCGACACGAACGCCGAGGGCUGCAUCCUGCAGUGGAAGAAGAUCUACUGCCGCAUCUGCAUGGCCCAGAUCGCCUACUCGGGCAACACCUCCAAUCUGUCCUACCACCUGGAGAAGAACCACCCCGAUGAGUUCUGCGAGUUUGUCAAGAGCAACACGGAGCAGAUGCGCGAGGCCUUCGCCAGCGCCUUCUCCAAGCUCAAGCCCGAGGCCGCGCAGCAGAGCGCGCAGGAGCCGCCGGCCGCCAAGGCGGCGGCGGCGGCGGCGGCGGCGGCGGUGCACGGCCACGAGGGUCGCAGGCAGCAGGAACUGACGGCCGCCGUCAUGGGCCUCAUCUGCGAGGGGCUCUAUCCCGCGUCCAUCGUGGACGAGCCCACGUUCAAGGUGCUGCUGAAGACGGCUGAGCCGCGCUACGAGCUGCCCAGCCGCAAGUUCUUCUGCGGCAAGGCCAUCCCCGAGCGCUACGGCGCCGUGCGCGACGCGGUCCUCAAGGAGCUGGCGGAGGCCGCGUGGUGCGGCAUCUCCACCGACCUGUGGCGCAGCGAGAGCCAGAAUCGGACCUACGUGACGCUGGCCGCGCACUUCCUGGGCCGCGCCGCCCCCCACGGCCUCUUCCUGGGCUCCCGCUGCCUCAAGACCUUCGAGGUGCCGGAGGACAACGCGGCCGAGACCAUCACGCGCGUCCUGUACGAAGCCUUCAUCGAGUGGGGCGUCAGCUCCAAGGUCUUCAGCGCCACCACGGACCGUGGCAAGGACAUCGCCAAGGCCUGCUCGCUGCUGGACAUCGCGGUGCAGAUGCCCUGCCUGGGCCACACGUUCGACGCGGGUAUCCAGCAGGCCUUCCGGCUGCCCAAGCUGGGGGCGCUGCUCGGCCGCUGCCGCAGGCUGGUGGAGUACUUCCAGCAGUCCACCGUGGCCAUGUACAUGCUGUACGAGAAGCAGAAGCAGCAGAACGCCGCCCACUGCAUGCUGGUCAGCAACCGCGUGUCCUGGUGGGGCAGCACGCUGGCCAUGCUGCAGCGCCUCAAGGAGCAGCAGUUUGCCAUCGCCGGGGUCCUCCUGGAGGACAGCAACAACCACCACCUCCUGCUGGAGGCCGCCGAGUGGGCCACCAUUGAGGGCCUGGUGGACCUGCUGCAGCCCUUCAAGCAGGUGGCCGACAUGCUGUCCGGGUCCAAGUACCCCACCAUCAGCAUGGUGAAGCCCCUGCUGCACAUGCUUCUCAACAGCACGCUCAACAGCAAGGAGACGGACUCCAAGGAGAUCAGCAUGGCCAAGGAGGUGAUCGCCAAGGAGCUCGCCAAGACCUACCAGGAGACGCCCGAGAUCGACAUGUUCCUCAACGUGGCCACCUUCCUGGACCCGCGCUACAAGAGGCUGCCCUUCCUGUCCACUUUCGAGAGGCAGCAGGUGGAGAACAGGGUGGUGGAGGAGGCCAAGGGGCUCCUGGACAAGGCCAAGGACGGCGCCUACCGCGCGCCCGGGGACCAGCUGUACGCCCCGCCCGAGGAGCCCCCCGUGAAGAAGCCGGCGCCCUCGGCCACGCCGCCGCCCGCCAGCGUCAUCCACGACAUGCUGGCCGAGAUCUUCUGCCCCGCGGCGGGCGUCGAGGACCAGGACGGCUGGCGCGCGCAGGUGGUGGAGGAGCUCAGCAACUUCAAGUCGCAGAAGGUGCUGGGGCUCAACGAGGACCCCCUCAGGUGGUGGUCCGACCGCUUGGCGCUCUUCCCGCUGCUGCCCAGGGUGCUGCAGAAGUACUGGUCCGUGGCGGCCACGCGCGUCUGCCCCGAGCGCCUCUUCGGCUCCUCGGCCAACGUCGUCAGCGCCAAGCGGAACCGCCUGGCCCCCGCGCACGUGCACGAGCAGAUCUUCCUGUACGAGAAUGCGCGCGGCGCCGCGGCCGAGCUGGAGGAUGAGGACGAGGGCGAGUGGGGCCUGGGCCACGAGCAGGCGUUCCCGCUGGGCGACGCCGGCCAUGCCGGCUACUUCGGCCUCAGGGACGGCAGCUUCGUGUAGCGCGGCGGGGGAGAGUGGGGGGAGGGGACCGCGCGUGGGCGCCUCUCGUCGGGUGCUUGGCUGUCAGUACUGACCCCGCCGGUGGGCGCGCUGUCCGGGACAGAGGAAAUGCACAAAACAGAGAGAUGGACCUUUGGUGGGGCUUCGGGCGGCCCAGAGGACAGAGACGGGCUUUGGUUGCCCCAAAGGAGAGAGGUGGGCUUUGGGUGGCCCAGAGCUGGUGAAAAUGAGCGUUUUCUCUGGAGGGGCCCCUUGCGUUGCAACGCAAGGGAAAGAAAUGACUUAUCAAAGCCCUAGAUGUCCGCUGAUAGGGUUGCAAAUGCUGAACUCCGUGACAGAAGCACGGCCGGCAGGGAUGUCUUGCCUCCUAGGUAAUUCCAUACCUGCAGCAUUCAUGUUCUCUGCGAGGGACGGUUUGGGGUAAAUCGGAGAAAGAUUGAAACCGACGGGCAGCUGAGGAUGAAACCCCUGUGUGUCCUCCACCGACACCAUCCGUGGAUGUUAGCCGUGGGUUGGUGAAGGAACCUAUUUACACUGUCAUUUACGUGGGAACCUUGCCUCUGGGUAGCCGGGGAGAGACACUCUCGCCAGACGCCCUGUUUUCAAGAGACACCAGUUUUAUGUUCGGUGGAAAAUGUUAACAGUGAGCCCGCAGUGCAACCGCUUAUAAAAAAAAAAAAAAGCAGAAAAGA